CGUUACAACCAAACGGUUCGGUUCCAAAUCACUGCGCUUUCGUUUCGAUUUCGUGCGUGUACAUGUGCUUGUGCUGAUGCUCGCAGACGACUCUGUGAUACGGUAGCGUUAAAGCAUAUAAACUGAAAAUACUUUACCAAAAGAAAGUAAAAAAUAAAGAGAAAUAAAUAUUUAAUAAUCAGAAAGGAGACAUUGGUAAUGACAGUGAAUUUCGACGGCGACACAAUUUGUGUGACUUGAAAAGUGUACGUGUGUGCCCCCGUAUACAUACAUACUCGUAUAUGUCGAACGCGAGUAUUGUCAAAGUGAAAACAUAAACGCCCAUUAAAUCGACUAUAUACAAAUGAAGCAUUGAGCAAAACAACCAGUAAAAUUAAUCAUAAAAGAGAGGAUUAUACAAUAGAUUAAUUUUAUAGCUGCUCACAACACUCAAUACAUUAGAAGGCACCCAUUCAUUAAUCAGUGAGAGCGACUACUCAAGAGCACUUCUCGACAACAUUGGGAAAGUAACGUCAUAAUACUCAACAUGAUUCUGCGAACCGCAUUCAUUUCAGUUUUCCUGCUGUACACUUAUCAUUGCCUCGCUCAGUCGACCAAUGAACUCGAUGCAGCACUGCCAGAACCACGUGCUUAUAUACCUGAUUCACAGUUUCUGGACUUUGUUUAUCACGACCAUGAUGAAUUGACAAGAUUCCUCAGAUCCACCAGCGCACGUUACCCCAACCUAACCGCGCUUUACUCCAUUGGUAAAUCCAUACAAGGACGCGAUCUUUGGGUCAUGGUAGUCUCGUCAUCCCCCUACGAGCAUAUGGUUGGUAAGCCGGAUGUCAAGUAUGUGGGAAACAUACAUGGCAAUGAGCCGGUGGGUCGUGAACUGCUGCUACAUCUCAUACAGUACUUCGUGACUAGCUACAAUAGCGAUCAAUAUGUCAAAUGGUUGUUGGACAAUACACGCAUACACAUUAUGCCAUCAAUGAAUCCGGAUGGCUAUGCGGUGUCCAAAGAAGGCGCCUGUGAUGGUGGGCAGGGCAGAUACAAUGCACGCGGUUUCGAUUUGAAUCGCAAUUUUCCAGACUACUUUAAGCAGAACAACAAGCGGGGACAACCCGAAACAGAUGCCGUCAAGGAUUGGAUAUCGAAAAUACAGUUUGUGUUGAGCGGCAGUCUGCAUGGUGGCGCCUUGGUGGCGAGUUAUCCUUACGACAAUACGCCCAACUCUAGAAUAUGUAGAUCAUCGGCUUUAUGCGCGAUGUUCCAAACCUAUUCGGCCGCUCCUUCGCUCACGCCCGACGAUGAUGUCUUCAAGCAUUUGUCACUCGUUUACGCGAAAAAUCAUGCGAAGAUGUCACGUGGCGUAGCUUGUAAAUCGGCGACGCCCGCUUUCGAGAACGGCAUUACAAAUGGCGCUGCCUGGUAUCCACUCACCGGGGGCAUGCAAGAUUACAAUUACGUUUGGUAUGGCUGCAUGGAGGUGACGCUGGAAAUUUCAUGUUGCAAAUAUCCGCCCGCCUAUGAAUUGAAAAAGUAUUGGGAGGAUAAUCAAUUGUCCAUGAUUAAAUUCUUGGCCGAGGCGCAUCGUGGUGUACAAGGUUUCGUGCUGGAUCCCACCGGCGCACCAAUUGAGCGCGCUUCGCUGAAAAUCAAGGGACGUGAUGUUGGUUUUCAGACGACGAAGCAUGGUGAGUUCUGGAGAAUACUGCUGCCGGGAUACUACAAACUGGAGGUAUUCGCCGAAAGCUUUGCUCCACGUGAAGUGGAAUUCAUUGUCGUCGAGCAGCAUCCAACGCUGCUAAAUGUCACACUGACGCCAUCAAAGCUGCUUGUUACAACAACAACAAUUACAACAACCACAACAAGUAAAAUAACAACAGUUGAGAGCAACCACAGGAUUGGGAAUGAUAGGAUAAUUUUCCUUAGUAACUAAUAGCUUUUAACAUUAGAAAAAUUUCCAAAAAUAACCAGUUACUAAAAUUAGAAAAUAAUCAAAAAACGCUACUUAAAUUUUUCCUAAAGUAGUAGCUGUACAUAGGCUUUUUUUUGCCUAAAAGUUGUAAGUGUAAAUAUAUAUGUACAUAUCAUUAAGCUCAAAAGCUCUUUUAUUUUAUAUUUAACUUAAGGGGUCCCGGUGGUCUAGAGCUCGAAAAUGUAGGGUAUUUUCAGAAUUUUUUUAUAAUGAAAAAAUUAAAAAUGAUAUUUAAAUUUUUAGGUUUUUCACUUAACUUCUUUUACUUAGAAAACUGAAACAAUUUUUUUUUUAAUUUUAAUAAAUUUAAAAAUUUCGGUGAAGUAGACCCUCUCGAAAAAUUGGAACUGGACGCUGUUGUCCAUUUUAACUCUUCUAUUUAUCUGAAACACAAAACCAAAAAAAUUAUUAAUCUGUCUGACUGUACCUAUGUCCCGUACUAGAAUAAAACGGUUUGACUUUUUUAACUAAUUUUUUUUUUUUUUUGUUAUCGAGUUUGAACAUAUACAUUUGAGUAUGAAAUUCGAUUUCUUUUGCAUGACCAACGCGUGCACGUUUUACGAAGUCCAAUCGUUGAACCCAAUUUUCGAUCACUCUUUUGCAUAAAUCGGCCGAAAUUCCAGCAAUUUCGCGUUCAAUAUUGGCUCUGAGCUCACAAAUCGUCGCCGGCUUGUUACUGUAGACCAAUGACUUCACAUAACCCCAAAACGGGGCGGCUUGUUACAUGGACCGUAAAAUGGCCGUAAUGCUCUUAAAGUAGCAGCAACAGAACGAUUAUUUUCAUAAAAAAUUUGCACGAUUUGCAAUCGUUGCUCAAGUGUGUAGCGUUCCAUGAUGAAAUGUAUACUAAUGAAGUUUACAAAUGACAAGCGAAAAAUAAAAAAUAUUGCGUCGUUCGCCCUCCCUAUCGGAAAAAAGUUGAAGCGCACCUAUUGAAUAACCCUAUACAAAAAAUAAGAAAUGAUUGAAAUAAUAAUAUGAUUCUAGUAUGGGCGAUAGCCAUUGAUGUUGUGAACAACAUUUUAAUAUUUCAUUAAAAUUCGAUUCAGUUGAAUAGUAGUUUUUUUGUUUUUUUUUAGGACAACAGCAGAUAAAUGAGUUUAAAGGUUUGAGGUACAGGAGCACGCUGGCCGCUCUCUACCUAGUUAGUGGGCUGUAGAAGCUACAAUAUUGAGAAUUUCCGCAUGAAAAUUUCACAGUAUAUUCUUAAGAUACUAUACUUUCGAAAUAUCAAAAAAAACAAUCAAUUUUUCUAGAAAUUUCUAGACCACCGGGUCCCCCUAAUCAAUCAAUCCCAGGGCUUAGUACUUCACCGAAUAUGUAAUUUUUUAAGUUGUAAAUUUUAUGAUCGAAGAGAGAUCUACAUGCGUAGAUACCUCUGGAUAACGUAAAAUAUACUCUCCUAUUCUUAAUAAAAAAAAAAAAAUAAAACAAGAUUUAUUAAACUUAUCGGCAAACACUUUUUUGUACAAAAUUCUUUUGAAUCUGUAUUGAACAUUUUGCAUGUCAAUUAUCUGAAUCUCACCUCUAAGGGUUUGAAGCUUCAUACUGAUGAUCAGAGUAUUUUAAAUAAAAAAAUUUCAAUACCCUUAAUUUAGGGUAAAACAUUUU